UGUUUUAACUUGUCAGAUUAUUGAGUAACAUGAUGGUAAAUUACUUUCACAGUGGUUUGUUGUUUCUUUACAUUCUUUAAUACAUUUUUCAAAGUUGGAUUUUGCAUCAGUGUUGUCAUGUUUAUAAUCGAUAGUAAAAGGGCGUCCUGAUAACAGGAAAUGCUAUGUGUGGCUUGACUUUCUCACAUUUUUAGUUCACCAGGAGGAUCUUAUUUUGACAGGGGGUAUUUUACUUUGAAAGGAACACGUCUGUGCAGCUGUCAAAAGUGAAGGGAGUGAAGCUGUCAUUUCUGCCACCGGGAGGUAGAACCCUCUGCUCCUCCAGGUGUCUCCUCCUGGUGUCAGGGGGAGUGUCUAUGCAAAUCCUCACCUGUCUGAGUGACCGUCAGCCUCUGCGCUCACUCCAGCAGUGAGGCGCGCGCCUGGAUCCUCGAGCGACAUCAGCGGCGGGCAGAACGCGGGAGUAAGAGCUGAGCCCGACAUGCCCCCCCACAUGGAUUACUUUUCCCACGAGUCCCGAGUCCCUUCAGACUGUGUGCUGACCCGGGAGGACGAGCUGGACCCCGGACUCAUCAGCUGCAUGCUGGUCGGGGACGGAGCCGUGGGGAAGACCAGCAUGAUCAUCAGCUACAUCUCCAACGGAUACCCGGUGGAGUACCAGCAGACCGGCUUCGACGUCUUCUCUGGUCAGGUCCAGGUGGAUGGUUCUGCGGUUAAAGUUCAGCUUCUGGACACUGCUGGACAGGAAGAGUUUGAUGAAUUCCGAGCUCUCUCCUACGCCCACACAGACGUCUUCCUCCUGUGCUUCAGCAUGGUCAACCCUACCUCAUUUCACAACAUCACCAAGAAGUGGGUGCCGGAGAUCCGAGCCCACAACCCAUCCUCUCCCAUCAUUCUCGUUGGGACUCAGAUGGACAUGAUGCUUGACGUGAACGUCCUCAUCAACUUGGACCAAUGCCACGUGAAGCCAGUCCCGAGCACUCGGGCGCGGAGCAUGGCUGAUAAAAUACGGGCCACAGACUAUAUAGAGUGCUCAUCCCUCACACAAAAGAAUUUGAAGGAGGCGUUUGAUGCGGCAAUCUUUGCUGCAAUUAAGAAUAAAGCUCGCAAGAAUAAGAAGAGGAGGCUCUCUGACAGGAAAACCAAAGCCUUUUCCAGAUGCAGCUGGAAGAAGGUCUUCUGCUUUGUCUGAAUUCUCUCUGCCUGGGUUGUAAACUCAUCUUUAAUUUAUUGAAGUGUGUCACGUUUACUGUCACCCCCUUAUCUGUAGCAUUCGGUUCUUCUUGUGAUGCUUGAAGGGGAUGCUCGGAUGGGAUGUGUGCGACUCUUCUCCGAGGCAAAGCCAUCACUGUCACUGGGAUGAACAGCCACCGUCUUGUUGAGAGGCAGACAGGAGUCCAGGUUCACGGCAGUUUGUCCCUGCACCUAAAACAGCAACUGGGACCCUAAAAAGCUGGAUGUGGAGCAGGAGGCGGCUGCACGCUGGUUUCCCUCACAGCAGUUGCUGGUGGUUAAAGAGCAGAAAGAUAUGUGAGGACUGUGCCCCAUGAAGGUGCAGCAGCUGGAAGUGCAGGUUGCUGUGAAAGGUUGCACUUCUACAUGCUUGUCUGAGCUUCCUGGUCUGGUUUGGUUCGGGGAUUUCUCUUGCAGUCACCUGCCUGUCGCAUUGGGACUAUUAAUACUUUUGAAGACGGAUGCUGUGACUCACAACAUUACAACAUAACUCUAAGGUUUCACGAACAUAAAAUUAUAUUCAUGAUAAAACAAACUUUCUGGCUUUUCUGCUUCAAUUUGAGACGUGAACUUUUUGUCAUCUUCUUAAGUUGGAAAGUCACAGCAAACUUGGUGAAUGUGUUGCUUCUUGUAGAAGUCGUGAUUACGGUUCUGUUUGUUCAAACAGGUUUUUUAUGAAAUAAAAGACAUGAGUUUCCAAAUCA